AUGUCGUUCUCGACACCGGACGAGGGUCAUCAGUCGCGGGUCCCGUUAGCCGGGCGAAUGAUCGACAGUCCAUCUUCGGAGCUGGAAAUCCAUUUCCCUGCGCAGCUUGGGUUCCGAACCCCGGGACCUAUUGCCACCCCAAUAGGUCCAGCCAAUGCGUUCCAGCCAGCAACUUGGUUACAGCUCCUUGAACAAAACCGGGUUAGUUUUUCGAAUGACCCUUCGCAGAAUGCCCUUUCACACCGCCAAACGACCAGCUCCAAUACCAUCAUUGCAACAAUUGUUGGUCGACGCGAUAUUGCAACUUUUCGAGACACAGUGUGCAGCUACCUUCGUCUCACGUCGGGGUUGUGGACUGAGUUAUACAAACCUCGUGAAUACUCAACUGCUCAUCACCUCCUGACUCGUUACCUCUGCCAGCAGUACGGCAGACUCCCUUCUGACUUGUGGCGCUUGAUCAAUGAGCUGAGAGAUCAGUUUGAUUUCGAGCAGUCGCGCUAUGAGUGUAUCGACAUCAUAUCCUCGAUCCCGACGCCACCGGACCCGUUUGCCCAGAGUUUGGCACCUUCCGGGAGCGAAGGGUUGGAUUUGAGGGAGUCUUAUGGGUGGACAACUCUUCGCCCCGUCGAAGCAGGCAGUUCUAGUGCAACCCAAAUGUCAAGCCCAGGCCCUGGCCAAGACAGUCAAACAAGAUCCACAACACCUGUAUCUGUGGUCAACGGCAGGAGAAGAUUCCAAAGUCCUUCCUAUUCAAGAGCGCGAGGAAGGGCGCCACGAGGAGAGAGAUAUAAAUGCCCAUAUAUGAAUUGCAGGCACGACGCGUUUCGAAAUGCUGGAAAUUUCACCAACCAUAUGCGCAGCCGCCAUGCGGAGUCAGAGUAUGGCAAUCGACAUCCGUCGGAUUUCCUGGUGCCAGACUUUUCUCCUCAACCGAGCAAUCAAGGCGACACCACGGCCUUGGGGAUUACAAAUCUGAGCGACUCACCUGUGGCGCGACGAAGAUUGUCUCAGGAGUCCGGUGCCAGUGAAGAUGGAACGGCGACCGCCAGCGAUGACCCUAUCAGAGGUGUCGGCGACAUUGCUUUCACUCCCGAAUCGGAUGCGUUCCAGUUCGACAUUGGCCAAGGAAUAUUUGAUGAAGGCUCUCCAGGGGCGUCUGUAACCAGCGGGCUGGAGCCAAGCGCCCUUCUGGAGGCCUUUAGAUUUCUUCCGACCGACCAUCGAGCACAGCACACGUUGCAGGGUGAACGCAAUCAGCGUUCUCACUACCCACCGCAUGAUGAGGUUGGAUAUGGUCAAUUCCACAUCAUCGAAGAUCGAAGAUGGGAAACAGGAAGCGGCUAG